AUGGUGUUUGAGAGAGCCGGCAAACGAGCAGACGGAUUACCUGAUGGUAUGCAAUCAGCGCCGCCCAUGGACCGCCACAACAGAGGAGUUACGAUGGAUUGCUGCGGCAAAGGUACGGACUCCUUGCAGCAAGAUCAUCAGCCGAGCUAUUUGGAGAAGCGCAAAGUCGACAACACUCAGGACAACUGGCAACACUUGAAAAUUCCGACGUUUCGAGUGAGGACAGCAUUAGCAGUACAGACGGCGCCACCAGCAGCUUGUGCUAGUGACAUCAUCAGUUCAACCAAGAAUCGUCGUAUGUAUAAGUGA